AUGAGCGCCGAGCAACUCAAGGCCUAUCAGGAGUAUGCCAAGAGAAGCCCUACAGCCUGCCCUUACGCCCAGCAAGAGAACAGGGAUGCAGGUGAAUGUCCCUUCGCGAAAGAGAAGCGAGCUGCAAAAUUCGACGCCAAGAAGCAGCGCAUCAGCGUUUCUGGCGAGCAUGAGUUCCUGCCACCCAACGUCAAGGCUGGUGAUCAAAGAGGACCCUGCCCUGGACUCAAUGCCUUGGCUAACCAUGGCUACCUUCCAAGAAACGGCGUUGCAGACAUGCAGACUAUCAUCAAGGCUACCAACGAGGUCUACGGCAUGAGCCUCGACCUUGGUGGCUUCCUCGCAGUCUAUGGUACCGUAUUCAACGGCAACCCAGUUUCUCUCAACCCUGGCUACUCCAUCGGUGGCCCAAGCCGCUUCAGCCAGAACAUUCUCAACGGCGGUGGUAUUCUCGGUACCCCAUCUGGCCUCAGCGGUAGUCACAACAAGUAUGAGUCUGAUGUCAGCGCCACUAGAGGAGAUCUCUACGUGACUGGCAACAACUUCCACGUUAUCCUUGAACGCUUCGUCGAGUACUGGAGUGCCAUCCGGGAGAAUACUCCCGCCCCACAGCAAUACUCAGCUCUGGCGCCCUUCCACUACAAACGCUUCCAAGACUCCGAGGAGACCAACAGUCAUUUCUUCUACUCGCCCUUCGCUGGAGUUCUGGUCUCACCUGCUGCGUAUUCUUUUCCUCCUCGCAUGAUGGCCAAUCACUCCGAUAAAUACCCCGAAGGAUAUCUUUCUCGUGAAGUCUUUACCAGUUUCUUCGGUGUCAAGGGCAGCAAGCCUGGUAACUUUAAAGUCAACCAGGGCUGGGAGCGCAUCCCCGAGAGCUGGUACCGACGUCCUGUUGAAUAUGAGUUCUCUAUCCCUGACUUUCUCGUUGAUGUUUUGGAGCAUGCUACCAAGUACCCUCGUCUGUUGAGCAUUGGCGGUAACACUGGCAAGGUAAGCUCCUUCUCAGGCGUCGAUAUCGGCGAUCUCACUGGUGGCGUCUUCAAUACUGCAAUGCUGUUGAAAGGCGACAACCUUGAGUGCUUCGUUAUGCAGAUCAUCAUGGCUGCUGCACCUGAUGUUCUUGGGAGUCAGUUUACCGAUGUCACCAAGGCCCUGAGGCCGUUGGCCGACAAGCUUCGACAGCUUCUUGCUGUAAAGACUUGCCCGAAGCUGCAGAAGGUGAACAUGAAGUUGUUUGAGAAGUUCCCUGGCUACACUGAGUCAUAUGGAAGCUAUGCCGGUGUUUCUAAGGGGUCUCUUCGUGGUGUGAUUGAGGGUGUUGGUGGCAUUCUGGGAGGAUUGGUUACCACUGGGAACAAGGCGUAG